AUGGACAACCUCCAGGACCUCAAACUCAAUAUCGACGCCGACAAGGGCGUUGCCUUGAUCCAGUUCAACAGGCCAGCAAAGCGUAAUGCCUUUUCUCAAAAGACAAUAGGUGAAUUCGUGGCCACAUUGGCCUAUCUCGACUCUGUGGAGACGGUGCGCGCUGUGGUUUUGACUGGUGGACCAGAGGGGCACUUUUGCGCUGGGAUGGAUCUAAACGAGCUUGUUGAGCUGUCAACGUCCAAAGCGCAUCAAAUCGCCUUUCUCAAGGAUUUGACAGACGUACUGGAUCACUUUACCAAGCCCAUCAUUGCAGCCGUUGUGGGCUUUGCUCUGGGCGGUGGUUUUGAAAUCGCUCUCGCUUGCGACAUCAUCUACGCUGCUGAAGAUGCCAUGUUCGGUCUUCCCGAGGUCAAGAUUGGAACUAUCCCCGGAGCUGGUGGUACGCAGCGCCUGGCACGUGCUCUCGGAAAGCAUAAGGCGAUGGAGUUUGUUUUGACAGGCGACUCAGCUAGCGGGGCUGAAUUUGAACGCCUAGGCGUUGUCACUAAGGUGUUCCCCAAGUCGGACGUCGUUAAAUCUGCGACGGCCCUGGCGGAGAAGAUCGCAAAGCUCUCGGCUCCCGUAAUCAAGACGGCGAAACAGGCUGUUUUGACAGUUGAAAACUCCACCCUCGGGGCUGGGAUGACACACGAGAAGGCCCUUUACUAUUCGACGUUUGGCCUGGAUGACUUCCAGGAGGGGAUUAGUUCGUUCCUGCAGAAGAGGGCGCCUACGUUCAAGCAUUCUUGA